CAACCACGUCAAGGCCAGCUCUCAUCAGGAUGUGCUGCGCCAUCUUGACCAGCUCAUGCCCCCAAAUCGACGUUGUCGCAUUUUAUAUCCUGUCUGAAGCUGUGACUUUACCCUGACGAACUCACUUCUGGCCGCCCAAAUAUUUUUCACUUGCGAUCUCUAUCUGUUGCAGUCCGUCCGACCUUCCCAGACUCGCUACUCAAUUUGAUCAUCGCGAACGACGCACGAUGAACGAUGUCUCAAAGCCACUCGAUAGCCAACAAUCCAAACAGCCUCAAGUUGAUGUCAGGGGUGCGCUUGCUCCAGUCGAAAAUAAUUCUCUGGCAGCAUCUGACAAGAAAUUCGCCGCCGCUAUGAGUGUACAAUAUUGCGACGACUGCAUGCGUAUCGACUUUGACAAAUUCGAGCGUUCGAGUGAAAGAAUGCAGAUUCUCAUAGCGAAUGUCGAAACUUGCCCUAUGUGCGCCUUCUUGCACGCUGCGCUUGUUCGCCAAGGGAACAAAAUCCGAGACGAAGCCGAAUUUUGGUUAAAGGAAGACCUUGAGGGGAAAAAUUGGACAUUAGUCAUGGUCUGUAUCAGUAUAGGAGACUGCCCUGCGCUUAGUUUUGAUUCUGUCCACAUUACCUCCGACUUAUGGCGCCCACGCUUGGUCGAUUAUGGGUUCAUUGGAAAGUGGGUGGAUGACUGUGUCAAAUGCCACGGGGAUCAAUGCUUCAACAACCGGUCGGAUCUCGGCCUUGUCUCGGGGCUUCAGUUCAUCGACUGUAUUGCCCGACGCAUAAUACCAGCAUCCGAGGCUGUUGACAAAGCGUACCUGACCCUGAGCUACGUCUGGGGAACACCUUCAGGCAGUACAUCUGGUAUCGUGGAAGAUAAUGAUUCGGUCUCAACGCUUCCCACUCGCUUGCCCAGGGUCGUCGAGGAUUCUAUCAGGGUGGUGAAAGAGCUAGGAUUCAGAUACCUAUGGGUGGACAGAUAUUGCAUUCCACAGACCGAUUCGCGGGCAAAACACACCCAGAUUCAGCUCAUGGGCACAAUUUACGCCCGCUCGGCAAUCACCAUAGUUGCGGCAGCUGGAAAGGACGCGGAGUAUGGCUUGCCCGGCGUCGACGCCAGAGAACGCAAUCCCCAACUACGGAUCGAUUUAGAGAGGGUGGAUGGUAAUCUUCGGCUCCCACCAUCACUCAUGGUGUAUCGCCUGCCCCAGGAUGACAUCCGAUCAUCGUUGUGGAGCACUCGAGGUUGGACAUAUCAAGAAGCUCUGUUAUCCAAGCGGCGCCUUGUCUUUACCGACAACCAGGUGUUUUUCCAAUGCCAAAAAAUGCAUUGCGAAGAAAGCCAGACGGCAUCAAGGCCACUAUCUCGAGAAACUAAAUCUCUUGAUCACCUUCAGGUUGUUUUCCCAUCUGAUAGUGACUUCGAAGCAUCUCACACGGUCUGGGAAAGAAUCAACGAGUUUUCAAAACGCACUCUCUCCUUCGAGCAUGAUGCUUUGGAUGCCAUUAGUGGAAUUCUCAACAUGUAUCGGACAAAGUGUCGCGAAGCUGGUGGUAUCGCCUUUUUGUGUGGCAUGCCUCUGUUUCCCAAACCCGUAUACCAGCCUAGCUACCUCUAUAGAACGCCGAAACGCGGCCAAAGAGAAAGGCAGUGGCCCAGUAGCCUCUACAUAACAAGUGUCCUCAUCGAAGGACUGUUAUGGGACGGCCAUUGGGUUGAAAAACCCAUCGGUGUGCCGAAGGCUGAGUUGUCUUCCACGAAGCUAGAGCGGCCACGAAGGAGUGAGUUCCCAAGCUGGACUUGGGUUGGGUGGAAAGGCACCUCUAGGUAUGCGCUGGAAGUGAAGGAGCCGCGCUGCAUCUCAGGGUUUUCGGAGUGUGCCAUUCGGGCAGUCUAUGAAGAAUGUCAAAUGAACAUGGACUGGAACAAAGAUGCAGAACAGAUUCUCGAGAAAUCAGCUCUUGGUCUGAACCCAAAGUUUUUGGACAUCAAGGGGACAUGUUUCGACCUCGCCAGGUGCCAACGAACACCACAUGUCAACCCCUCUUCUCAUCGGGUUCUCUGCUCGCUCGUCUUCAGCUUAUCUUACUGA